GUUUAUCAGAAUUAGACGACGGUAAAAUGAAUAGCGAAAAGGGUUUGUGGGAAGAGAAUAAUUUUUUAAGUGAGGAUGAUGAUAAAAACAGUGAGGUUAGUUAUUCCUCAUCAAUGGAGAAAGAAGGUGAACAUGUUAAAUCGAAAACUUCCUCAAGCUUUAGAUCUUCAUUAAAAAAAAGAGUUAAUAAUGCUAGAAAAUUUCUUCCCUUUGUAAAACAUGAGAAGGACGAAAAACACAAAGAAAUUAAAAAAGAGGAAAUAUUAGCCCAUAAUUCUUUUAAAGAAAAAGAGAAACAUAAAAUUAACGGUAAAUUUUCUCAUAUUAAUCAACAUAUGUAUGUAUAUUUAUUUAUUUAUUUAUUAGAUGAUAAAAUUGAGAAAAGUUAUAUUCUUACAAGUGAAGAAGCAUUACAAAUGAUACAAGAUAUUUACAAUAUAGAUCAUUACAAUUCAAAUUAUUCGGGUCAGAAUUCACAAAACGAAGAAACUUCUGAGGAUAAUGAAUUGAAUACACAGGUAGUAAAGAAGUAA